CAGCACGCCAAAUCCUUUCAUGCCUGCAAUGCCCGCACCGUCCAAAGCACCUUCCGUCUGCUCGGAUGCGCACCCGUUGAAGGCAGCAUCAGCACGCACGCACCGCCGCAACUACAGCCACUGCGCAUACCCGUGGCGGAGCGUCGCACUCCCUCGCGAGAGUCGCCACAGCGAUCGACAAGCCGAUUUUCGAGCAAUGUCUCAUUGGCGCCGCGGAGCGCGCCACCUCAGCCGUCAAUGCCGCCGCCCGUAGACCCUAGACAUUUUGGAUAUCCAGGCGGUGCUGUCGUACCUGAGCGGCUACGCCCGAGGCCGGCACGCUCACGUACGCUGUCGUACAAUCCUCCCGCCCGUCUUUUGCACCGGUCAUUCGGCGGCCACUACCACCAGCACCAGCACCGAUACCCGUACCGCAGCCGGUCCUCGGUGUACCCUCCCCCGCUCACGCAAUUCCUCCGCCUGUGCAAGGGCACAGCGUUGUGCAGUGUUCAUAUCCCUAUCGGUAUGACUAUUCUAGAAAGGAGAUCGUCCUCCCUCCUCCGCGUCCGGGAGACACGUACAUCGUGAUACCGCCAAACGGAGGUCCCAUCCAAUGGUCGUGAGUGUAGACUCAAUUUCGAA